GCUCAGUCACAAGCCGACCGUAUAGACGUGAAGACGUGAACAUCGGGUCUACAAAUCGAUAGUGCUACUUCUCAAUCAAUAUAUACAUAUAUAAAAUAGAUUUUGAAAAACCACUCAAUAAUACUCGCGUAUUAAAUACAAGAAAAUAUAAUAAAAAACCAAAAAGAAUUCGACUACGAAUUAAUGAAUUAAUAAUAAAAAGAAAUUCAAGAAAAAAUAUGAAAACAAAAUAAUUCGAAAUACGGUGUUUAAUAUUUUUUUUGUCUUAGAGAUUAAUAUAUCAACAGUGUCAGAGGUCGUCAAUCAGUGUGUGAGUAAAAGAGAGUGUACCAUCAGUGAGUGAGACAGAGAGAGGGAGAGGGAGAGGGAGAGAGCGAAAGCGAGUGCAGCCCACAGGCACCACAGAACAUAUGUACGACAAUCUCUGUGGGUUGUUGUUGCAUUUUCGAAUCGAAUUUUUGUUGUUUUUGAAGCGCGUUUUUGAGUGAAAUUCGACGCCGCCAUCCUCCAGCUGAAAAGUGAAUACAAUUUUCAAAAGAAACGCGCAGAGAGCACACAACGUUCACCAAAAUAAAGAAAAUUCCAAAACGAGAAAAGAAAAAAAAAGAAAAGAAAAACCAUAAGUAUGGAAACUCCAGCACAACACAUGUUCAAAAACGAGUAGUUCGGGAAAACUAAAAACGAAACAUUUCCAAACACACAAAACAAUCAAAUACUCAGCGAAGCAAUCGGAGUUUGAAAGAACAAAGUUUUAGUGCACAAAAUAAAACGAAAAGAAAUCUUAACGGUUUGGUAAAGUAAUCGAGACUGUUACCAAAAUGACUUCCUUAAUGUACGCAGUGUUUCACAUUGCGACAAUGCAAUGUUCCGUUAGGCCGGAAAUAUCGCCGUGCACAUGCGAAACGGGCAAAGCACCGAAUCAUGUGGAAUUGGCCUGCGAGAAAUUGGAAUCGUUUAAUGCGGUGGUCGAUAGCUUGGCCAAUAAGCUGAACCCUGAUGUUAGCAUUGAUCUGAAAAUAACUUACUCUCAACUGGAUGAUUUGGAGAUGCGUUCGUUUCGGGACAUGAACUUUAAUCUAUACAAACUACGCAUGCAAUGGAACCGCCUAAGAUCGCUGCCAGAGCUUCCAUUUCGCGGGUUAUCGAAUGUCACCUACUUAAGUGUCGGUGACAACGAACUCGACGAGAUUCCGAAACACGUCUUGAACCACAUGCCCAAGCUGCAGACACUCGACAUAGGGAGAUGCAACAUACGAGCGGUGCAACAGGACGAUCUCAAGGGGAUACAAAUGGUGACGAAUCUGAUAUUGCCGAGCAACAACAUAACACGACUCGAUCGAGGCGCAUUUCCGUUGAGUUUAAUCAUCUUGCAUUUGGGGAGAAAUCAAAUCGAUUCGUUAAAUGGUUCUCUGCAUGAUUUGGCCAUGUUGCAAUCGCUGUUCAUAAAUGCGAACAACAUCAGCGAUCUCGAUGACGAGUUGCCCGAUGGCAGCAAGUUGCGAUUGCUGAUGGCGCACAACAAUCGAUUGGAGAGACUUCCUGCUAAUAUGGUUGGAAUGGAUGAUCUGGAGACGAUUCAUCUGCACUUUAAUCGUCUGCGAUCGUUUGAUCGCGUUUUACGGAAUGCUCAGUAUCUGAAUGAGUUGCUGGCGAAUAACAACGAAUUGGAGUUUUUGGCCCAAGAUGAAUUUCAAGCUUGUGGACAAAUGGAAACUUUGAAUUUGGCUUGCAAUCACAUUCGUUCGUUGAACUCCUCUCUGCAUCCCAUGUCCAAGCUGAAGAUCGGUAACUUUUCGUUCAACGAUAUCGAUGAGUUCUCCAUGGAAGAGCUGCAGGGAUUGCGUUCACUGAAGGUCUUAGAUUUAUCCUACAAUCGCAUACAUAGUUUGUUGCCCGCUCAGAAAGUGUUGUUGGAGCUGCCUCUGAUGGAUCUGCGACUCGAUCACAAUCAGAUCUUUACACUAGAUGGCGCUCUUGCCGGCUUGGGCAAUCUUCGCAUUCUCAGUCUGCCGGAGAAUCAAAUUGAGCAUCUUUUACCGGGAGAUUUUAGUGGCAUGCAUCGUCUCGAGAUACUCGACUUGACUUCGAAUCAAUUGUUGGAUCUAAAACCACUUGAAACGACAAUGCUUCCGAAUCUGAAGAUCCUUAAGGUAGCCUACAACAAUAUUAGCAAACUGGAGCACGAUUUCUUUGGCCUCCCGGUUUUGUGUCAAGUCAAUUUGACCAACAACCAAAUCUCGAGCAUCUCUGGCGAACUCGUCACCAAGACGCGCUGCAGAAAUCACAAUGUCGCUGGCAAACUGGAGAUUCAUUUAGAUCAGAAUCCCAUCAUGUGCGAUGUGCACCUCAAUGAGCUGUGCCCCUUGAUGCAUGCGCAGGAGGCGCGCAUUCGAGGUCGUUCCAAGUGCUUCGAGGCCGAUCAGGAAGUGUGCACGGUGCUUCCGAUGCUCUACAAGUUGGAGUUGCCUCCGUGGGUGAUGAAGCUGAACAUGGGCGAAAACGAGGGCGCAAAACCGAUUGUGCAAAUGAUUUUGCCAUCGCCGCUGCUGAUUAAGACGAAGGAGGAGUUGCCACCGAUUAUUGCCACAUUGGGGCAGCCGAUAAUUAAUCCUGUUAUACUGGCCGCACCACCGGCAUUGCCAAUUUUGCUGAGCAGCACCACAGCAGCUGCUCCCGUCGUGGAACCAGAGCCGGAAAUCAAUUCAACAACAACAACGACAACAACAACAACGACCACUGAAAGAACGACAGCAACAACGACAACAACGCUUCCUCCUCUGAUCAGUUCGACUCCAAUUGCUGCAAGUCCGGAGCUGGCUGCCACUGAAAUGGUGACAACCACAGCACCCACAACAACAACCACAAUAACGACGACAACCACGAGCACAGCGACGCCCCAGGAGCCCAAUGUGGUGUCCCAAGAGGUGCAACUAAAUCCGAUUCUUGAUGUGAACGCAACCGUUGAGUUCCCCUUGCCAGUGGAACAGCCAAAGAACGAGGCCAACGAGGAGGAGCAACUGUUGCAGCUGCAGCCGCCGUUGGUGGCAACUGACGAGGCGGAUCAGCAGCAUAAACGUGUCGCCGAUACGGUGGCCAAGACGGAGUACGAAACUGUUGAUUAUAUUCCGAAUGAGGUGGUGAGACCGACGCCGCCGCAGCCGCCGUUGAGCAAAUCGAAUCUGCUCGAGGAGGAUUCGGAUUCGCAGUCGAAUUCUGUGCACGAGGAAUACUCAUCGGUGCUGCUCGCCGACAUGGAGCAUGCGGCACAGAAUUUACAAAUACCCGAGGAGCCGCCGGAGGAGUGAGCCUCUUUUGCAACGAAAACACAAAAAAAUAACUCAAAAGAAGAGCACACAAUUAUUUAAAUGUAAAGGCGCUGGUAGGCGGGAGGUGGAAAGGGCGUGAGGCGAGGGAGUGGGCGUGGCAGUGAAACGAAUAAUUUUCAUUUUAAGUUAAUUUAGUUUUUAUUUUUAUGAUUUCACGAAUUCGCACAAUUCGAAUUUUGAAUGCGCGCCAAUUCGAUCAGUUUUGUUGAGUUAUCGAUAAAUUUUUGAACAGGAAACGAUUCGUUGACACGCAGUUUAGACGCAACAACAAUGCGACAGAGAUAAAUGAAAACAGGACCAACAGGAGACGUAACGAAAUGGACUUAAGUUAUAAGAUGAUUUGCUGGGGGGUCAAAAAAUCAGAGAGUUUGUCUGGCCUUAGUUACGAAUGAGAAAGAGGAAAAGGAGGAAGUGGCAGCGUUAUCGAGUAUGCAUACGAUUUACAUAUACGAUACAACAACGAUAUAUGUGUACAUCGAUAUAUAUAUAUUUAAUAACUGUAUACACAAUAUGUACGUUGAAGUUUAAAUGUAGGUACUUAUAGAAUUAAACAAAAACCGAAACAAAAGCAAACAGAUCAGAGAGAAAAAAAUAAUAAAAGCACAAAAACCGAAUCGAAAAAUAACAAAAAAAUAAGAAAAGAAAGAAGAAAAACGCAUAUACAUCAAGUUAAUGUUGAAUAACAACACACGCAUAUACACUCACACAACCGUAGCAACGCACACACAUACACACACACACCCACAAACACACAUAUAAAAAUAUAUUGUUGUCAGUUAACAAAUGAAAUUAGUUUGUAGCGCGUAAUUAUAUAAAAAAUGAAAUGGUAUUCUAAAUAAAGUCUUAAAUAAAAACAAAAUA